AUGUUAACUAACCCUAGAUUUAAAACUAACAACUAAUUUAAAUGUAAAAAUAAUUGUACUUCGAUCUUGUGAACUAUCCUAACCUAACCAUCAUUGAAAUGAUCAUCGCGAGCGAAAUUGUUAUCUACUCUCGCGAGAUCGUCACGAUAACUGCAGUAGAAUUUGCGUAGGAAACAAAAUACGAAAAUUUCUGAGCCUGUAGUGGUCAGCAGUAGAAGUCGCGAUAGGUUCCGAUCAGAGCAACAAAACCCCCUAGAAUCAGAUCCCAAUAAACCACGGUCAAAGCAACUUCGCGUCGCGUUUAUCCCCCCAAAAGUUGUGAUUUUUAAUAGUUGUGCGAAAUAAAAACCGUUCCCAAUUACAAUCCGUUUUUCGUACAAGAUCCGAAUUCGAUUCCGUCGCGGACUGCGUGCAGAAGUGACCGAGCUGAGCAGGUGAUUCUGCUGUGUGUUGCUGGCCGAAAAGUUGGCAUUGGCUCACUUGAUUUCGCAAGUGGCCAAGCCGUGAAGAGUUGUGUUGAUCUGCUAAGAGCAGAAGUAGCUGGGAAAGGUGUUCUGGCAAGUGUUGGGAGUGUGGGCGAGUGUUGGGAGAUUUGACGAGUGUUUGGGUUUGUGCGUUCAGUUGGGCUUGAUUGCGCAAGCACCUGAAGCUGAUUGGAGUUCGGCAAGGUUCUGUUGCCGUCUGUGCGUGUGUGAGGUGCUCGGGGAACCUACCUCGACGUGCGUGGCUACCUGUGGAGCGUCUGAACCGGUCACGUAAGUGCGUGCGAGCUGCGUUUUUUGGGCCACUCUACGAGUGGGUGUUAAUUCCUCCCAUCGAACCAUCCGGGACCGAGCCCGGCCCCAUCAUCUGGUCCUUCGAGCCGGAUGGGAGGUCGCCCCGACCAGGAGGUGCGGUGAGUACGCCAUUUUUGAGGAUUGCUGCACAAAGGUGCAUUGUUGGCUCCAACUAAGCCAUUUUGUUGGAGAGCGUGGUUCUUGCUAAGAACAAUUAAGCGCGCGCGAAAAUUGGCCUAAUUGUACUCGCGUUUGCGGUGUGCCCCAAGCGAGAUUUUUGGAAAUUUGGAAUUCCGGCAGAAAUUGGCCAACCUGGGAGCAAACUUUUGGAAGUUUUGCGUGCAUGCUACAUUGGUUGUGGGUGGCAAGUCAAUCGCGUUAGGGUGGUACGAUCGCGUCGGUAGUACCUGCCCCGGUCGAACCUGCGUCGCGUAACUCAGUACGAGCGCGACGGGAAAAUCCGUAUCCGAUACUCCGUGCUGUUUCCGUUUUCCGCGUUUUGUCUUUGGUGGUAGCGAAGUCCAGUGGUGAGUGAGAGUGUGCAUUAUGGCUGCGGCGAAGCAACGGUUGUCCGAUUGCUUGGUCAGGCGGCAAGGUAUCGAGACCAUGCGCAACCAGGUGGAAAAGUUCAUCGCGAAGUUCAACGCUGAGACGGACACGUGCCAGAUUCCUGUCCGUUUGGAGAGUUUGGAUCGAGCGUACCGCGAGUUCCUCGAAGUCCAAGCCGAGCUCGAACGUACCGAUAAAUCCGAGUAUUUGGAAACUCAUUUGACGGAACGAGCUGACUUCGAGACGAGAUACUGUGAAGCCAAGGGAUUUUUGCUGUCGAAGCGGACCGAAGAGCAGAACCUGACCGCAAUGAACAGCACCAUGAACACCAGCCAGCCUACCCAUCCAGUAUCCUUCCACCUACGCCUACCCAAGAUCGACCUGCCGAAAUUUGAUGGAGAUUUCUCUCGUUGGUUAUCCUUCCGUGAUGCGUUUACGUCGAUGGUGCAUUCGAAUCCGGACAUCCCAACAGUGGCGAAGCUGCAGUACUUGUUGAACUCACUCGUGGAUAAGGCAGCACUGCAGUUCGAGAACGUGGAGAUAGAGGCAGACAAGUAUGCGCCAACGUGGGACGAACUGCUGAAGCGCUACGACAACAAGCGGUUCCUGAAGCGUAAACUGUUCCACGCCCUGUACGAUCUGCCUUCGCUGAAGCGCGAAUCCGCUAGUGACCUGCGUACGCUCGUGGACGAUUUUCACCGGCAUGUGAAGGCGUUAGAAAAGCUGAAAGAGCCAGUCGCACACUGGGACACACCUCUUGUCAGCAUCCUGUGCUACAAGCUGGACUCCAGAUCGCUGCGUGCUUGGGAGGAGCACACUAGCAAAGACGAAGUUGUAACGUACGCAAUGCUGACCGACUUCCUGUACCAACGGUUGAGAAUGCUUGAGUCCGUCCGUGAGACCUCAGAGCAGCAGCAGCCGUCCAAGGUGGCCGGUACCAAUCCCCAUCCGUUCCAGAAGAAGCCGUUCAAGGUCGUAUCCAACGCUGUCGCAUCUAGGACGUACAGCAACAAUCCACAGUGUCUGGCUUGCUCGGAAUCCCAUCGUUUGUUUGAAUGCCCAAUGUUUGCCAAGAAGUCCAUCCAACAACGCCAAGAUUUGGUGUACCAGAAGCGCCUUUGCUGGAACUGCUUCCGAUCUGGACACCAAUCUCGGAAUUGCUUGUCGAGAUUUACGUGCCAGGUCUGCCACGAGAAGCACCACACCCUGUUGCACCGAGAUGCACCCCCGAAGAUGUCGUCAACCCAAGCCGCGCCGAAGAAGCCAUCCCAGCAACCGAUCCAAUCCACGUCGACGUCGGUGGAUCCCACACCUAGUACGUCGAACCCAGAAUCCCAAGUUAGCUUGUCGGUCCAGUCGCACCGAAGCACAGUACUCCUGGAGACGGUUGCUCUUGAAAUUCUUGGCCAGAACGGAAAGAAGUAUCCUGCUAGAGCCCUGCUCGAUUCGGCGUCCAUGUGCAACUUCAUCACGAAGAAGCUUGCGAACACCCUGAACCUCCGUCGAAAGAAGGUCGACAUCGAUGUAGCAGGUAUCGGAGAAUCCACGAAGCAGAUCAAGUGCCAGCUGACUGCAACCAUCCAAUCCAAGUACACUCCGUACGCUGCUAAGCUCGAGUUCCUUAUCCUGAAGAGACCGACGAUCAACCUGCCAACCAUCCCAGUCGACGUAUCCCAGUGGAAGCUACCUGAAGUUUCGUUGGCAGACCCCAAGUUCAACGUUCCGUCCGAUAUUGACAUCGUUAUCGGCGGAGAAUCCUACCACGAGCUGCACACUGGCAGCAAGCAGACCCUCGACGAGGGCCUCCCGUUGAUGAUCGAGACAGUGUUUGGGUGGACCGUAUCCGGAAAAGUGUGUAUCCCAUCCCCAAGUAUCCCACGUGUUUGCCACCUCACCACUGUUGAUCGAAGCCUGGAACAAGCGCUCCAGAAGUUCUGGGAACUGGAAGCUGUCGAACCCUGUUCAGUGCUAACCACAGAAGAAACCCACUGUGAAGAAAUCUAUUCCGCUACCACCACGCGCGAUUCGUCGGGUCGUUAUAUCGUUCGCUUGCCACUCACCCGCGAUCCGCUCGUCACCCUCGGCGCAUCCAGAACAAUCGCCGAACGUCGUUUCCUGAGCCUAGAGAAGAGACUGGAGCGUGAUCCCACCACUCGUGAAGCGUACUGUAAGUUCAUGGACGAGUACGAACGCCUCAACCACAUGCACAAAGUCGACGAUCCCGUGGACGACAGCAUUCCGCACUGCUAUCUUCCACACCACCCGGUAUUCAAAGCCUCGAGUACCACAACCAAAGUCCGUGUAGUUUUCGACGCGUCGUGCAAGACGGCGUCGGGAUUCUCCGUGAACGACCUGCAACUGGUGGGACCAGUCGUUCAGGAAGAUUUGCUGUCGAUCGUCAUGCGUUUCCGGACCUACCCAAUCGCGCUAGUAGCAGACUGUGAGAAAAUGUACCGCCAAGUUUUGCUACAUCCGGAAGACCGUCCGUACCAACGCAUCCUCUGGCGUCCCACUCCAACCCAACCGCUUGCGACGUACGAGCUGAACACCGUAACGUACGGUUUCGCAUCCUCGCCAUUCUUGGCAACCCGCACCCUCCUCGAGAUAGCCAAAGACGAAGCCAAGAACUACCCAGAAGCAGUCGAAGCAGUGAAGCAGGAUUUCUAUGUGGAUGAUUUCCUGUCUGGCGCUGAUGACCUCCCAUCCGCAACCCGAAUCCGGAAGCAAGUAUCCGCCAUGCUGUUAGCAGCCGGUUUCCCGCUGAAGAAGUGGGCAUCCAACGUUCCAGAGGCGCUAGCUGAUGUUCCGGAAGAAGAUCUUGCCAUCGUUCCGCUCCGUGACCUGAAGGACGACCAAUCCGUGUCUGUGCUCGGACUUGUUUGGGAUCCAGUUUCCGACACACUCCGUUUCAAGGUGGAAUUUCCGCUACCCGCAGCUGUACUCACGAAGCGGAUCGUGAUGUCGUACAUCGCCAAGAUUUUCGAUCCAGCUGGCUUCAAUGGUCCAGUUAUCGUAGUAUCCAAGCUGUACAUGCAGGGUCUGUGGACUUUGCGCACCAAGGAGAAGCACCGCUACGAAUGGGACCGCCCUCUCCCCUCGCAGCUGCAAGCUGAAUGGAAAGCGUACCACAGUACGCUUGAAGAGUUGUCGAAAGUCCGGAUUCCAAGAUGUGUGUACCUGCCAACCGCCAUGUCCGUCGAGCUGCACUUCUACUCUGAUGCGUCGGAGAAAGCCUACGGAGCCAACUGUUACGUGCGCUGUGAGACGGUCAAAGGUAUCCAAGUGAGACUGUUGGCGUCGAGAUCCAAGGUCGCUCCGCUGUCCAAGCUCCAAUCCAUCGCCGAUCUUGAGUUGUGUGGAGCUGAACUGUCCGUGAAGCUGUACAAGAAGGUGGUGAAAGCCAUCAAGAAGCCGGUAGAAGUGUUCUUCCAUACAGACUCGAUGAUCGUACUGCAGUGGUUGCAGUCCCCACCAGCCCGUUGGAAGACAUUUGUGGCGAACCGAGUAGCACGGAUCCAAGCCGAAACCGACGUGAGACGCUGGCGACAUGUUCCCGGAAUCUGUAACCCAGCCGACGUCCUUUCCCGUGGCCUGAGCCCCAUCGAGCUUGUCAACUGUUUGCUGUGGUGGUUUGGCCCGGAGUACCUGUCCAAGUCCCGUGAACACUGGCCACGCUCUGUGAUUCCUGAUGUCGAUCCUGCUACUCUACCUGGAGCAAGAAGCAAGGCCGCCGUGAUGCUGAUCACCGCUGCCGAUCCGAAGUUCUCCGAUGAGCUGUUCAGCCGUUUUUCCGAGUAUUUCCACCUACGUCGUGCUGUCGCUUACUGGAGAAGAUACUUCCGUAUCCUGAAAGCUGUAUCCAACAAGGAGAAGCCAGAGCGUCCCGAAAUUCUCACUGCCGCCGAGCUGCGUGACGCUGAGAUCGCUCUGUGCCGUGUAGCCCAGCGAGACAUGUUUGCAGAAGAUGCUGCCGACCUGGUCUCCAAGGAACGAGUAUCACCGUCGUCGCCGCUGAAGUGGCUCAACCCGAUCCUGCACGGUGACGGACUCAUUCGAGUCGGCGGAAGACUCAGCAAUGCUGCAGUUCCUGAUGAAGUAAAGCACCCGAUCGUGCUGUUGGCGAAGCAUCCGCUUUCCAUCCUGUUGGCGAAAUCGUACCACGUUGAUUUGUUGCACGCUGGCCCCCAGCUGAUGCUCGCUACGAUUCGCCAGAAGUUCUGGAUCAUCGGUGGCCGGAAUCUGGUCCGCCAAACCUACCAUCUCUGCAAAGAAUGUUUCCAGAACAAGCCAACCUUAGUGAAGCAGAGCAUCGCCGAUUUGCCAACCUCACGUGUCACCCCUACCAGACCGUUUGCUGUAAGCGGUGUAGAUUAUUGUGGACCUUUCUACAUCAAGUCGCCCAUCCGAAACCGAGCUCCAACCAAAGCGUAUGUCGCUAUUUUCGUGUGUUUCGCAACACGUGCUGUGCACAUUGAACUAGUGUCGGACCUAUCCACCCAAGCUUUUCUGUCCGCACUUCGUCGUUUUGUCGCACGCCGUGGAAGACCGAAGGAGAUCCACAGCGACAACGGAACAGCGUUCAAGGGCGCAUCCAACGAGCUCCGCAAGGUCUACAGCAUGCUGAAAACCGAUCAAGAAAGCCGGAAGUCGAUUCUCGAUUACUGCGCUGCAAACGAGAUAACCUGGAAUUUCAUCCCACCGCGUGCUCCACACUUUGGCGGACUGUGGGAAGCAGCCGUCAAGUCAGCGAAGCACCACCUGUUACGUGAGAUCGGCAACACCAACGUGAGUUACGAGGACAUGAGCACUCUACUAACCCAGAUCGAGAUGUGCUUGAACUCCCGACCCCUCGUGCCAAUCCCAAGCGAUCCCUCGGACCUAGAGGUCCUGACACCAGGCCACUUCCUGGUCGGCACGAACCUGCAAGCUGUUGAAGAACUUAACCUGGCCGAUGUUCCGGACAAUCGUUUGUCGCACUGGGAGCUGACACAGAAGCGUUUCCAGAGAAUCUGGUCGAGAUGGUAUCCUGAGUAUCUGCAACAGCUCCAGUCGCGCGCAGUCAAGGGCUGCAAGAAUCCCGUCACGAUCGUACCAGGACGAGUUGUGCUGAUCAAAGACGACAACCUGCCACCGACGCAGUGGCCGCUAGGCCGAAUCACCCACGUCCAUCCCGGCAAAGACGGCGUUGUACGCGUCGUCACCCUUAAAACAGCAUCGUCAGAAGCCGUCGUCAGGCCGGUCGCCAAGAUCGCACUCCUGCCAGUUCCGGCCGAGUCGGAGCAGCAGCUUGAUCCAGCUUGCAGUAACUGAACCCGGUAGAGCACGCCAAAAUUUGCUCGAUGUCUUCGUGGGAAUCUCGCAGGUAAUUGCGGUUCCAAUCCCCUAUUUUGUGUCGUUCGAUCUACCGGGUCUUUUCCACUCCCAGAUGCCUAAGCCGAAGAAGAAGAAGUACGUCGUUUGUCAUCGUUUUGCUGUUUGUCGACAUCCGCCGUGUAAGCCGUUCAUCCGACCCUGGUAGAGCACGCCGAAAUUUGCUCGAUGCCUUCGUGGGAAUCUCGCAGAUGUCGAAGAAGAUGGUGCCCAGCGAGUCAACGAUCCAGUUCGUCGCAGUUUUUUGACCCUGGUAGAGCACGCCGAAAUUGCUCGAUGCCUUCGUGGGAAUCUCGCAGGUAAUUGCGGUUCCAAUCCUUUACUUUUUCGCGUCCGAUCUACCGGGUCUUUUUCUCUGCCAGAUGUUGACGAAAUUGGAUUUCUGGCACCACUUCUUCACCACCCCCAAACUGCAUUCGUGACUCCGCCUCACCACCCACAUCGAGCCGAGAAGUCACAUGGCCUGUCAGCGGACAUGCCAGAUGCAGCCGAAGAGUCACGUGCUGGCUCACCCGAAGUUUCCCGAUCGCCAGCCGAGCCGAGUCGAGUCCGAUCAAGGUCGGCGAAGGAGCGAUGGAGAAGCAUGGUUGUAUGAUUGUGAAGAGAGUGUUUUUGAUGUUUGAUUGUGAAGAGAGGAGUGAUUGAUUUUUUGUGUUAGUUUUAGAAUUAGUUUUGUACAUAUUGUAAAUAGUGUGUUGAAAUAGCCGAGCCAUUUCAAGGUGGCCGGAAUGUAUAAUAUGUUAACUAACCCUAGAUUUAAAACUAACAACUAAUUUAAAUGUAAAAAUAAUUGUACUUCGAUCUUGUGAACUAUCCUAACCUAACCAUCAUUGAAAUGAUCAUCGCGAGCGAAAUUGUUAUCUACUCUCGCGAGAUCGUCACGAUAACUGCAGUAGAAUUUGCGUAGGAAACAAAAUACGAAAAUUUCUGAGCCUGUAGUGGUCAGCAGUAGAAGUCGCGAUAGGUUCCGAUCAGAGCAACAAAACCCCCUAGAAUCAGAUCCCAAUAAACCACGGUCAAAGCAACUUCGCGUCGCGUUUAUCCCCCCAAAAGUUGUGAUUUUUAAUAGUUGUGCGAAAUAAAAACCGUUCCCAAUUACAAUCCGUUUUUCGUACAAGAUCCGAAUUCGAUUCCGUCGCGGACUGCGUGCAGAAGUGACCGAGCUGAGCAGGUGAUUCUGCUGUGUGUUGCUGGCCGAAAAGUUGGCAUUGGCUCACUUGAUUUCGCAAGUGGCCAAGCCGUGAAGAGUUGUGUUGAUCUGCUAAGAGCAGAAGUAGCUGGGAAAGGUGUUCUGGCAAGUGUUGGGAGUGUGGGCGAGUGUUGGGAGAUUUGACGAGUGUUUGGGUUUGUGCGUUCAGUUGGGCUUGAUUGCGCAAGCACCUGAAGCUGAUUGGAGUUCGGCAAGGUUCUGUUGCCGUCUGUGCGUGUGUGAGGUGCUCGGGGAACCUACCUCGACGUGCGUGGCUACCUGUGGAGCGUCUGAACCGGUCACGUAAGUGCGUGCGAGCUGCGUUUUUUGGGCCACUCUACGAGUGGGUGUUAAUUCCUCCCAUCGAACCAUCCGGGACCGAGCCCGGCCC